AUGAAGUCCUCUCUUUCUCUUUUGGUCACCGCUGCUGGCGUCCAGCAGGCUUCCGCUACUUUCGGCCUCGGUGCCUCCUUCGACUUCGGUUUGGGUUGGACUGGCGCUAAGACAUUCCCCUGCCCUGGAAACACCGUAAACAAGUGCACGCCAAAGCAGAACAACGAUUGGGACUGGAGUGAUGUUGCUGUCGGCACUCUCACCACUUAUGCCGGUUUAACUUUGGUGGCUGGUCCUGCGAGAACAACAACGGCAAACGUGGAUGACGAUGCUGGUUUGUCCAUCAGCGUUGGUGCCGAUGCCGGCAUUGAUGCAUUCUCUAUUGGCAGUUUCGAGAUGUCCACCGAGUUCGAUGCUCGUCUUGAAUUCCACUACGACAUGCCCGAUGGCAGCGUAUGCAAGCAGACUUCGAACUGCAAGCAAGGUGGUUCAACUAUUGUUAACAAGCAGUGUGGUGGUGCUAAGAAGGUCCGGGUCAUCUAUCCCAAGCAGAUUCCCAAGAGGGGCCUCACAUUCAAGAAGAAGUGCAAGGUCUCUUGCCACAAGAUCAAGUGGCACUGCGGCAAGCCCACACAGAAGCCAUCUACUUCUCGCUACACUGUUCCGGGAACCACUACUACGAAGGUGAUCCAGACUACUACCACCACCCAGCCAGGCCAGCAGACCACUCCUGCUACCACACUCCAGACCACAACCCGGCCGGGACAGGACACAAUUACCACCAAGCCAGGUCAGGACACUACUUCCACCAAGCCGGGUCAGGAUACCACUUCUACCAUGCCUGGACAGCAGACUACUCCUCGACAGCAAACUACUCCGCGACAGCAAACUACUACUCCUGGACAGCAGACCACCCCCGGACAGCAGACUACUCCCGCAACUACUCCUGCCACCACUUUUGUCACCACCUAUGACUCUACCUCUACUGUCUUCACAACUUCCACCAAGACCAUCACUAGCUGUGGACCUACGGUGACCGAGUGCCCUGGAAAGAAUGGAACUCACAUUGUUACUGUCACUGUACCUGUGAGCACCACCAUCUGCCCAGUUACAGAGACUCGCACCCGCACCCAGGGAAUCUCUACCACUGUCAACCUUCCUCCCCAGUAUCAGACCACCAAGAAGGAGCAAUCUACCAGCGAGAAGCCCAGGAUUGCUACCAGCCAGCCUCCCAAGCCUACUCAGAGUCCUCCUUGCCCUCCCGUUCUCCCUUCGUGUCUCAACACCUUCUUGGAGUUCAAGUCUGACUGCAAGGACAACACGAACCCCAAGUGCAUCUGCCCUGGCGAGGAGUUCGUCACGGACAUUUUCAACUGCAUCUACGCUCACGAGAACGGUAACGCCGCCUAUGAGGCUAUCGCUUUCUACCAGGGCAUUUGCGGAGCUUACAUUCCCCAGAACCCUGUUAUUGCUACCGGUCCUGCCACUAUCACUCAGAUCAUCACUGUCACUGGCACUCCUCGCAUCACUCAGGUUCCUUAUACUACCAUCAAUGUUGCUACGACAGUUACCAAGAACAGCAGCACUGAGACUAUUUCGACCCAAAUGACCAUUCCCAACAUCGCUUUGCCCACUCCUACCGGUAGUUCACCCAACAAACCUGCCCCUACUACUCCCGCUGGUGGCAACCCUCUUCCUACCGUCACUGGCACGGGUGGUGUGGUUCCUACCAAGCCCACUGGCUCUGUUCCUGUCGUUGCCGGCUCAGGUCGUGUCGGUGCUGGUCUUGGCAUGGUCUUGGCUGCCGUCGCUUUCGUCGUUGCCCUGUAA